CUUGCCUUCACCUUUGUUUUCAAGCUCAAAGGCACAGCAAAGACGCUGUUGCUGCUGCAACCAAAGCUAGAGGCCAACAAAAAUGGAGUUCGCAUACAGAUUGAUUGGCACAGCAAUGAGAGCGACCAACAACAACACAGUGAUAAACGUAUGCCUCGUAGGAUCUUUUGUGGAGCAAUGCGUGCCAUCCGUUAACCAGCAAAAGGACAUAGAAGCUUUGGAGGCUGAGAAAGGCUCUCUCAUAAAAUCAAACAAAGCCAUGAAAAAGAUUAUGUGGAAUUGGAAGCAAAAGCUCUCCGUUGAAGCUGACUCCGACGCCGCCUUGGUCCCUCUUGCCAGACUCAAGACCAUCUACGGCGAGGUACCAACGCCUUUAAUCGGGGAUACUGUGAAAGAAGAUGCAAAAUCACCCGCCUCUAAACUUGUAAUUUAAAGUUGUUUUUAUCCUGAAUUCUUUACCUAGCAUGAAGAUCAGAAUGUAAUGGAGGCAAGAGCAGCUCUUUCUUGUUUCUUGGUGUUGUCAUUUGGGCUAGAAGUCCCUAUAUUUUCACCAAUAUGAGAUGAAUCUCGUAACCCAUUGAUCAAUUACAGAAUUCCUUUGUUCC